UUCGCUCAGCGAAAACAAGGUUGGUCGUUUUCUAUCUCCUGCCUUGCCCGCCCGUGUUAAUAAUUCUCACAAUGCAUCGCCCAACCUGGCCGCGCUCAGGAGAGAAUCUGAGAAGUCAGAAGACCUCGACCAGGAACGCAAGAACAAGUUCCUUGGUGGGAAAUCCCCGGGUACAUGUACCGAUGGAUAAUAUCAGGAUCCCUGUCCAGGCUUCUCAUACAGUACGUUCUCUUCGUCUGCGUUUCAUUUGCCGAGCCUACGUCGUGGUUUUAUAACCUCUAUUUUUCCUUUCAUUUCUUUCGUUUCUUGAAUGCCCUCGCAGUGGAUGAGACCAUUAUUAUUCUUCUUUCCUACGGACGUCUGUAUUUCUCGGUUUCGGGCUGGUUGAGUACUGUAGUGUAUAACACGAGACGACUUCAGAGACGUGCGAUCCAUCCUUCCAAGGCUUUGACAACUGUCUGACAGGGAAAGUCUCAGACGACAAACUUUCGGUCAACGUGUCAAUACCAGUCUAUUUUAACACUAACCGAGGGGAUUGAGAUCUUCAAUGUGAUCAAUCAUGAGUGAUGACGCGAUGGAAGUACUGUGUAUUCUGACGGCCAGUAUCCUACAAUGCCCUCAGUUAUAUCUGCCAAUGCAUACAACCCAAUCACCUUUCUACCCAACCCACCACGACCUAAUUUAACCCCUUAUGUACCCCACAAAGCACACCAGCAUGCAGACGCCCUUUCGGAAAUAUUUCUUGCGGGUGAGCAUGGCAUGGUAGUGACGGCUGUCUCGAGUCGUCAAUGGGAGACCCCUCAAAAAAGGUCCUAGUACAAGGAAGACUCCUGCCAGCAAGCAGGACAGCUUCUACUUCUAGACCACCAGAAAAUGCCGAUUCCCCUUGAACCUUAAUGGGGAAUACGAAUUCCCACGAAUGGAUUCGCGAUGGACUUUAAAUACAUAAGCCCGUCCGCUUGAAAGUCUCCUCAGGCUUGACAGAGCUUUUGUCCCUCAUUCAGGUCUGCGCUUGUUGAAUCCUUUACACUCCACCAUAUACAUUCUUUUCGUUUUGUUCUUGCAAACAUGUCGUCCGUACUGAGAUAUCUCUAUGUGGUUUCACUUGCACUGGCUUCGUUGGUUCAAGGUUAUUCUGAUCCUGGACCUUGCAGUGGUGCCUGUUGGGCUCAUGAUCCUGCUUUGAUCCAACAUAGCGAUGGGACGUAUUUCAAGUUCAAUACUGGGAAGGGGAUUGAAAUCGUUACCGCGAGCAGUUUAGCAGGACCAUGGACGAUACAAGGCUCUGUCUUGCCUAGUGGGAGUAAGAUAAGUAGCCCGGGGAACAAAGAUCUAUGGGUAUGACUUUCGAAUUCUGCUUCAAUGUCGAUAUCGAGGGACUAAUGUGUAUUUUUGUUUAUAGGCACCCGAUGUGACAAAGGUUGGGGAUCUUUACCACUUGUACUAUUCAGUCUCCCAGUUCGGCGCUCAAGUCAGCUCGAUUGGACUCGCAACGUCCCCUAGCAUGAAGCCGGGAAGCUGGUCAGAUCUGGGAGCAGUUGGCGUCGACUCCAAAGCCGGAACGGCAUACAACGCCAUCGAUGCCAACCUGCUCAAAGUAGGCAGCGAUUACCAACUGGUCUUUGGAUCUUUCUGGGGUGGUAUCUUCACAACUCCCCUGGCCUCCGAUGCCAAAAAGGCAGCCGGCGGCAGUCCGAAGAAUAUCGCAUUCAAGAAGGAGGGAGAGAACCCUAGCGAAGGAGCAUACGUUUUCCACUACAGUGGUUUCUACUAUCUCACCUGGUCGUUUGGAAAGUGCUGUGGACUUGAUAGGUAAGUUUUGUGCCAUGUCAUUGCCGGUCCAACGCUGGGUCAAUACUCGCUAACGAAAUGCGAACUUCAGCAACAAACCAGCUCCAGGAGGGGAAUACAAGAUCUUGGUGUGUCGAUCUGAAUCUGCGACCGGGGGAUUUGUUGAUAAGGCAGGUGUCUCUUGCACAGCUGGUGGGGGAACCACGCUUCUCGAAAGCCACGGAAAGAUCUAUGCGCCUGGAGGACAGUAAGUCCCUUUCUCCUCUUCCGUGUAUUUGUGAUCAAGCGGUACUAAUCAAUAAUUCAGGGGGGUUUUCCAAGACUCGAAGCAGGGACUUGUCCUCUAUUAUCACUAUGCCAACACUGAUGUUGGGCUCGGCGAUGGGCAAUAUCUGUUUGGAUAUAACGCUUUGAAGUGGUCGGGUGGUUGGCCUUCGGUGUAAAUUAGUUGCUCACGCUCUCGUUCUCUCCCAGCAACUCGGAACUAUCUGCGGCUCCUACAUUACGCGAAUGAUCUUGUGGUCUUUGGUCACAGCCACAGAACAACUGUUUGUACUUCGUACUUUACUUCGUCAAAGGCGUAAUAGUUGUAGGGUUGCUAGGGUGACUUUAGUGGAGAACAGAGUAAAUACCCCCGUAAAAGUUACAAUUAUCAUGCCUGUGACGAC